CGACAAUGCAGCUGGAUGCUUUUCACGGAGUUCUACUUGAUUUAAGAGAACAUGUGCGAAGGAGGCAUUCAUGAGCAGUCACGAAGACAUACCUCUGCGAGCUGUGAAGUAUGGAGUUGCUGUGUCCUGGGAUCUCGGAAGACAGGCUGUGGAUUUGGACUUGCAGGCAGUAGUGGUCAACGACAAAGGAUGCAUCGUUGAUGCUGUGUACUACAACAACAUGAAGGCUCUCCAGGGUACCAUCACACACUCCGGCGAUGAGCAAACCGGCAAAAAGGCUGGGCUAGACGAGUUGAUCUGGGUGAAUCUACCCAGACUCCCGGUGAACAUAAGGCUGGUCAUUUUUGUGGUGGCAGCCUUUAGCGGUGGCAGCUUGCGUGAUGCACAAAAUGGAACGCUCCACGUUCUCGAAGAAGAUCUCCAGCGAGAGGUGGGCAGAUACCAGCUGGAGCAGAGCACCUAUCAAGUUGAUGCUGUCGCAGUGAUGCAGCGUUCAGAGUCCUGGAUCUUGCAAGUCAUCCAGGAGCCUGCUCGAGAAGGCCGACAUUUCAUUGACAUCCUCGAGCCUGUGUUGGGGAACAUCAUACGUGCUGCCAUUCCAGGUGCUCCCAAGCGCCAGAAGGUCGCGUUUGCGAUGGAAAAAGCAGCAGUGAUGGACUUGCCUCAAGCUCACUCCAUUGGGAAAGUCUAUGCUGGUCUUGGCUGGGAUGCUUCAGCAGUGAUGGACAUUGACCUGGACGUUUCUGCCGUAGUCAUGACCAAAGACUGCGAGGUCCUUGGCGCCGUCUUCUUUGGGCAACUUGAAGGAUGGGCUCUCAAGCAUAGCGGCGACAAUCUCACUGGAGAGGGUGAAGGUGAUGACGAAGUCAUUGAACUUGAUCUUCCAGCCAUUCCCGCCGAGGUGUCCCAGAUUUUCUUCGUCGUGAAUAUAUAUACCCGCGGCGUCACCUUUGAGAAUGUCGAGAGCGCAUACUGUAGAAUUUUCGAUUCAUCUGGAGAGGAAAUGGCAAGAUACGCAUUGCGUGAUGGCCGAGGAGAGAAGGGACUUGUCAUGGGAAGAUUCUUUCUAGAGUUUUCUGGUGACGCUGCACGGUGGAGUUUCCAGGCCCUUGGCAGCUUUUGCCAGGGCCAAACGUGGAAGGACUCCGUGCCGGCAAUCGUGUCGCUGGCAAGAAAGAGUGCCAAACAGCUACAAAUGCGCAGCGGCACAAUCAGCUUUCUGGGCGGGCAACCUGCAGGGGGUCAUGCGCCAGUGGCAGCUAUGCCUCCAAUUCAGGAGCCACCACGCUCUACCGCUUGCGCUGUCCUGUGAGAUGACAUAGUUGGGCCAUGUUGGGCUGUUGCUGAAGCAGCAUGGCCGUUCAGUAUCGACAUCGAGGGGUCCAUUUGAGACACCUCUUGGAGCCCCAGGGAACUGCUUGCUGUGUGCAACCCCUUGCGAAGAUGAAAGA